AUGGCUGCUGCCAGAUACUCACCCGAUCUCGUACCCCGAAGGGAGUCUUCUCCAAGACCCAAGAGUGCGGAAAGACGGCGGCCCCGCCUGCUCAGAGCGUGUGCCACGGAACCUUCGAUCACUACCUCCAAUGCUUGCAAAGGGGUGUUGACGAGCCCAAAUAUGAACCGAAGGGCAACGGAGCUGCUAAGCCGAGUUGCUAUCUCCAACGCCAACUCGUCGCCGGCGUCGACGCGGAGCUACGGCUUAGAAUCCGCCGAGGCCCGCGAGUCUCAGAUAGCAAAUUCUACUCAUGACCCACGCUCGGCUUGCUACUUUAGCUUCCCUAGCUUCGACGCCUGGGAGGUUGGCGAGCAUCCAGAUGAAGAGAAGGCAGCGGUUGAAGAGAGGGCUUGA